CCAUGCUGGCCCCAAGGCCGAGGCCACUCCUGCCGCUGCUCCUCGUGGUUGGGCUGACCUUGGGGGCCAGCCUGCCGCCAGGACCCAAAAGCCACUCGGGCGUGUGCCCCAACCAGCUCAGCCCCAACCUGUGGGUGGAUGCCCAGAGCACCUGUGAGCGUGAGUGCGUCAGGGACCAGGACUGCGAGGCCGCCGAGAAGUGCUGUACCAAUGUGUGCGGGCUACGGAGCUGCGUGGCGGCGCGCUUCCCCGGCGGCCCAGUGGUGCCCACACUGCUGGCCUCGUGUGAGGGCUUCACGUGCCCUCAGCAGGGCUCCGACUGCGACAUAUGGGAUGGGCAGCCCGUGUGCCGCUGCCGGGACCGCUGCGAGAAGGAGCCCAGCUUCACCUGUGCCUCGGACGGCCUCACCUACUACAACCGCUGCUACAUGGACGCGGAGGCCUGCCUGCGUGGCCUCCGCCUACACGUUGUGCCCUGCAAGCACGUCCUUAGCUGGGCGCCCAGCAGCCCAGGGCCACCGGAGCCCACGGCCCGCCCCACGCCCGGGGACGCCCCCACGCCGCCUGCCCUCUACAGCAGCCCAGCCCCACAGGCGGUAUACGUGGGGGGCACCGCCAGCCUCCACUGUGAUGUCAGCGGCCGCCCGCCACCCGCCGUGACCUGGGAGAAGCAGAGCGACCAGCGGGAGACCCUGAUCAUGCGGCCAGACCAGAUGUAUGGCAACGUGGUGGUCACCAGCAUCGGGCAGCUGGUGCUUUACAACGCCCGGCCCGAGGAUGCCGGCCUCUACACCUGCACGGCACGCAACGCCGCCGGCCUGCUGCGGGCCGACUUCCCACUCUCCGUGGUCCGGCGGGAGCCGGCCGGGGCCGGGGCACCCAUGCCCUCUGGCCCGGCCGAGUGCCUGCCUGACCUGCGGGCCUGCAGCACCACGGCCCCCGGCCUGGUCCUCUGGCACUUUGACCCACAGCGGGGAGGCUGCAUGACCUUCCCCGCCUGCAGCUGCGAAGGAGGUGGCCGCGGCUUCGAGACCUACGAGGCGUGCCAGCAGGCCUGCGCCCGGGGCCCUGGCGAUGCUUGCGCGCUGCCGGCUGUGCAGGGCCGCUGCCAGGGCUGGGAGCCGCGCUGGGCCUACAGCCCGCUGCUGCAGCAGUGCCACCCCUUCGUGUACGGCGGCUGCGAGGGCAAUGGCAACAACUUUGAGAGCCGCGCGAGCUGUGAGGACGCCUGCCCCGUGCCGCGCACGCCACCCUGCCGGGCCUGCCGCCUCCGCAGCAAGCUGGCACUGAGCCUGUGCCGCAGCGACUUCGCCAUCGUGGGGCGGCUCACCGAGGUGCUGGAGGAGCCCGAGCCGGGGGGCGGUGGCAUCGCCCGCGUGGCCCUGGAUGAGGUGCUCAAGGACGACAAGAUGGGUCUCAGGUUCUUGGGCACCAAGUACCUGGAGGUGACGCUGAGUGGUAUGGACUGGACCUGCCCCUGCCCCAACGUGACGGCAGGCGAUGGCCCGCUGGUCAUCAUGGGGGAGGUGCGAGACGGCGUGGCCGUGCUGGAUGCUGGCAGCUACGUCCGCGCCGCGAGCGAGAAGCGCGUCAAGAAGAUCUGGGAGCUGCUCGAGAAGAAGGCCUGCGAGCUGCUGAACCGCUUCCAGGACUAACCCCGCCCGCCCUGCCUUCCUGUCCUGCUGAAUAAAAGCCAGCGCUUCCCCAGACCUCGUGGCCUACAGGUGCUGGACCUCCUGGGGGGCCCUCAGCUGGUGUCCCGCUAGCACACUGGAGCAUGGGCUCUAGUCCCAGUUCCGUCCUUGGGAACCUGCGGUUUCCCUGCAGCAGCACAAGCCUCUUGGGGCAGGAGAGCCCAGCAGCCGGCUCAGCCAGCAGGGCCUGAAUUCUCACUCCCUCCUCUGUCCCCUCAGCAGAGCAGCGGGUCCAGGAGGCCCCUAAGCCCUGACCCCACAGGCCAGACUCCCCCCUGCCCACCAGGUGUGGUCCCAGGAGGAGGCAUGGUUGACACCAGCAGUGAGCAG